AUGAGUGAUUCAGAAACUAUAGAUGAAACUAUUACUACGCUUAGAUAUGUCUCUGAAUCAAGACAGCUUCUGCUUGCAAGAAUAGACCAAGAUACGUUGCAAAGAAGCUUAAAGCGCUUUGAAAAAGACGACCAACAGACAAGACAUUCGAAGCGAUUGCGUUCAUAUACUACACAGACUCAGACCUUCAAAUCAAAGAGCACACUCAUGUUCAAGAACAUGGAAGGUAGUUUGGGCUCCAACGUCAAGGCCUAUGGUGCGAGCAUUCAACCAAUUACAAGAAAACAACGAUAUUUUCACUACACAUGCAUGAAUUCUGUCAUUGACAUCUCUACAUACUGUCGCCUUUCAUUUUUAAGAUCCAUCCCAAAGCAAACAAGAACAGCCAUAGUCAAGCGUUUGUCUUUGUUAACGUCAAUACAAUGCCUUGAUCAUAACUUGCCUUGCCAGGCAGUACUGAAGCAGGUGAAUAACAAAGAUUCGUUAAAGAAAGCAGUUGCUACCGUCAAAAAUUACAAACCUGCCAGUGAAAUGGAAGAAAGUGUUCAAGAAAUUUACUUGCACAUCCUCAAACAGCACAACAAGAAGCCCUUUAUGUUCCACAAAGACAGAAUUGAUUUGUAUUCAGAAGCAGAUUAUGUGGUCAAAUUCUGGUCUCCAGUGAUUGAGUCGUUCUUUGGCUCUAAUGAGAAGCUUUUUAUACAUUGGGGCGAUACAACUUCCGAUGCGUGUCGUGAUAAUAAGUUGGCCAUUAAGCUGGAUAUGAGAAUGAUGCUGAUGAAGCACGCCAAGUACGUGAUUGAUGGAGCUACUGGUGAAUACGCCAAAAAGCCCUUUUCAUCGAAAUACUUCAAAGACAGACUCAAGCUGGUUCUGGCAUCCAAGAUUUAUAUGAAUAAGCUGAUCUCCUCGUGCAAGCACAUUGAUGAUGCUGAUAUACUCAAUUUCGAAAUUCCUUUUUUACAAAUUAUGGGGUUCGAGGCCCAACUUUCCCUUCUGACCAUUCAGGAUAAGGAACUAUACGUUGUUGAAGACUUGCAAAAGUUCUACUUUCCUACCACAAAGAAGAUGAUUCGUCUUGGAGCCAUCAAUGAUCUCGUCAGGGCUUUUUCUCUGCUAAAGAGCUUGCUGGACGAUCUUCAGGAAACUAUUGAGGAAGGUCACUUAGACACCAAUACAGAUAAGCUUGCUCAUAUACAAGAAGAGAGCAGACCACCUCGCAGCAAAAAGGCUUCAGUGUGGACAAGUGAGGUCGCUUGUCCUGUAGAGAGCGAUGACGGCGAUGAGGAAGAAGAUGAGGAGGAUGAAGAGAACGACGAUGAAGACGAUGAAGACGACCAAAAUGACGAGGACGAAGACGACUAA